CCGAUUCGCGCGAACGAGUCGGGCUCUCCAGCACGCACGCGCCGCGGAUCGAGCUGCUCUUCCCGCUUCGAGCUCGCGCUGCUUCGAGCGCCGUUUGGCGGAGGAUGACAGUUUGUUUUCACGGAGGGCCUGUCUGAGGAGAAGAACGAACAUUUACAUCCCCAGCGACGGCAACCGAAUCGCUUUUCGUCAAGAUGAGACCGCUUAUUCCCAAAUGUACGCGUUUGCCAAAGGGUGUGAAUCCCGGCGACUCGUCUGUGCACAACAGCUCUAGCCGAGCCGAGGGGAAAGAGUGCAGUUUGAACCAGCAUGAGGCUGCUGGCCUCCUCGCCACACCGACUACAACAAACACGCAUCGUCCUGGUGGGGUUUUAAUCCCUGCAGGAAUACAGUCUGCUUGGACCACAGAGGCUGGUGAAGAAACACAGGUAUGUAUGAGCACACGCAGAUAUAACUGCCCCCCCCCCCCCUUUGGUUUGACUCCCUCAAUAGUGAACAAAAUACUAGAGCGAGAGAAAGCAAGUGAGAGACUGAGGGUCCCAUGUGCCAUUGGGCAGCGGGGCUUUCGCCAUGAGCAGUACUCUGGGCAAAGAUAAAGACUCUAAGGAGAGGGAACCCAAAGCCGAAGGGAAAUCCAAAACCAAAGGGAAAGAUGCCAAAGACGGGAAGAAAGACACGAGCGGUGCUUCGCCCGCAGUGGCCUUCACCUUGGACAGCACGAUAAAGAGGCCCAACCCCCCGCCUAGCACGCGCAAAAAAGCCAGCAACGCGGAGGUCAUCAAGGAGCUGAACAAGUGCCGAGAGGAGAACUCGAUGCGCCUGGACCUGUCCAAGAGAUCCAUCCAUCUGUUGCCCUCUUCCAUCAAGGAGCUGACCCAGCUGACCGAGCUCUACCUGUACAGCAACAAGCUGCAAAGCCUGCCAGCUGAGGUGGGAUGCCUGUCGGGGCUGGUGACGCUGGCGCUCAGCGAGAACUCUCUCACCAGCCUGCCUGACUCGCUGGACAACCUGAAGAAGCUGCGUAUGCUCGACCUGCGGCACAACAAGCUUCGGGAGAUCCCAGCUGUGGUCUACCGCGUCACCUCCCUCACCACGCUCUACUUGCGCUUCAAUCGGAUCACCACCGUGGAGAAAGACAUCAAGAAUCUGUCCAAACUCACCAUGCUCAGCAUCCGAGAGAACAAGAUUAAACAGCUGCCCGCAGAGAUCGGUGAGCUCUGUAAUUUGAUUACGCUGGAUGUAGCCCACAACCAGCUGGAGCACCUUCCUAAAGAGAUCGGCAAUUGCACUCAGAUCACCAACCUUGACCUGCAGCACAACGAACUUCUUGACUUACCUGAGACUAUAGGUAACUUGUCAUGUAUAAACCGUCUUGGUCUGAGGUACAACCGUCUGUCAGCGAUCCCUCGAUCUUUAUCGAAGUGCCGAGAGCUGGAAGAACUCAACCUUGAAAACAACAACAUCUCAGUGUUACCAGAGGGUCUUCUCUCCAGUCUGGUGAACCUGACGAGUCUGACGCUGGCGCGAAACUGCUUCCAGUCUUACCCAGCGGGCGGCCCGUCCCAGUUCUCCACCAUCUACUCACUCAACAUGGAGCACAACCGUAUCAACAAGAUCCCUUUCGGCAUCUUCUCCCGAGCCAAAGUGCUCAGCAAACUCAAUAUGAAGGACAACCAGUUAACGUCUCUUCCACUGGAUUUUGGGACAUGGACCAGUAUGGUAGAGCUGAAUCUGGCAACAAACCAGCUUACCAAGAUUCCAGAGGACAUCUGUGGACUUGUGUCUUUAGAGGUUCUCAUAUUGUCCAACAAUCUUUUGAAGAAGUUGCCUCAUGGGAUAGGAAACUUACGGAAACUGCGGGAGCUUGACCUGGAGGAGAACAAACUGGAGUCCCUCCCGAAUGAGAUCGCCUACCUUAAGGAUCUGCAGAAACUUGUGUUGACCAAUAAUCAGCUGACCACUUUGCCGCGAGGAAUCGGUCACCUGACUAACCUGACGUACUUGGGCUUGGGAGAGAACCUGCUGCAGCACCUACCUGAGGAGAUCGGUACACUGGAGAACCUGGAGGACCUGUACCUGAAUGACAACCCUAACCUGCACAGUCUGCCGUUCGAGCUGGCGCUCUGCAGUAAGCUGUCCAUCAUGAGCAUAGAGAACUGUCCCCUCAGCCACCUCCCGCCGCAGAUCGUCGCCGGAGGCCCUUCCUUCAUCAUCCAGUUCCUCAAGAUGCAGGGUCCCUACCGCGCCAUGGUCUGAGGCCACUCACACACUGUACAAAGAGGAAACCGAUUCACCACACGACGUUACCUUGGACGUCAUUAUAUCUCGGACAAGAAACUGCUUAACUGGAUUCCAAUCGAUGGAGGAAUCAUAGCCAGUUAGGUCCCCUUUACCCCCGUAGUAAACAAUGUCUAGACUUCAGUUGCCAAAAUUAAUGUACAUUAGUGAUUCCGAAGAGGCGCUCCUAAAACGUUUCAAUCAUUUUGCCAAUUUAUUGAAAGUCAUUAUAGGGGUUUUGAUGCCAGGAAACAGUUGUAUGCAAAAACAAAACAUUUUUACAAGUUCAUUUUUGCUGCUGCUGCCGCCAUACUGUAUGUGAGUUUUUUUUUUUUUUUUUUUUUUUUUUUUUUUUU